AUUUCUUUCUAAACCCUACUUAAAGUUCAUCCGCCAUCGCACGCAGCAUUCUGAGCUGCCGCAGUCCGUCUCCGGAAGAAGUAGCCGCUGCUCACUCCUUCACUCUCACACUCUCUCGCCUCUCCGAGUAACUCAUCUCUGUUGUUUUUCUCUCUCAGAAACUGAAACUGUGGUUAGGCCCUCUAACCCUCGCCGUGGGUGAGUUCGCGCCGCCGCUCAAUUUUCAGGUGUAGUAUUUCUGAAGGGGUGAUAUUCUCAAUGGUGAAGAAGAGAAAGCAUAGUGAGACUUUGCCAGCAGAAUCGGUCAAGAAGGAUGAUGCUGCCCUUGAGAGACCCAAGCGGACGCUCAUGGGUUGGAAAGACAAAGAAGUCUCAAAAGAGAGUGAUUCUGGUUCUGAUCAUGCUAUUUUUCGAAAUAAAGAGAAAGUUCUUGUUACUUGUUCCCGUCGAAUCAAUUUUAGGUAUCGACAUUUGAUGUUGAAUAUAGUAUCACUUUUGCCACAUUGUAAGAAGGAUAACAAGGUGGAGUCGAGGUCCAGCAAGGGUGCGACACUGAAUGAGCUAGUUGAGCUCAAGGGAUGUUCUUCCAGCCUAUUUUUUGAGUGUAGAAAACAUAAAGAUCUCUAUUUAUGGAUGGCAAAGUGUCCUAGUGGACCAUCUGUGAAGUUUUUAGUUAAUGCCGUGCAUACAAUGGAAGAAUUGAAGCUUACAGGGAACCACCUGAAAGGUUCUCGUCCAAUUUUGACAUUCUCAUCAAAUUUUGAUAAAGAUGUCCACUGGAAACUUCUGAAGGAAAUAAUUGUUCAGAUUUUUGGAACUCCGAAGGAGCAUCGGCAUUCUAAACCAUACCAUGAUCAUGUAUUUGUUUUCUCCAUUGUAGAUGACCAUAUAUGGUUCCGAAAUUACCAGAUAGCUGUUCCACAUAAUGAGUCAGAUAAAGUAGCUCGAGGAGGACUAGACAAAAUGACUCUCAUUGAGGUUGGCCCCCGAUUUUGUUUGAAUCCAAUCAAGAUAUUUGGUGGGAGUUUUGGAGGUCCAACCCUAUAUGAGAACCCCCUUUAUGUAUCACCAAACCAGAUUCGAGCGUUGGAGAAGAAACAGAAGGCUGGGAAAUACUCAAAGAAAGUUAAAGCGAAAACGAGGAGGAAGAUGCAUGAGUUAUCGAAUCCAUUGGAACCGGACGAGUUUGCCGACAUGUGGAAGGAAUAGAUCUUUCAAUGGACUUCAUUUUUGUCUAGAAUUAAUUACAUUUCCUUACCUACCAAGGAAAUGAGAAUUUGUUCUAUAAUACUAUUGUUAUCUAUAAGUGCAAAUUUUGGCCUUGUUAUUUAUUAAACCUCGAAUUCUUUUUCUGUAUGUUUAGUGUUUCUUAGAGUUAAAUACUUUAUAUAUAUGAUAAUACCAGGUAAAAUAUUAUCUCA